GCAGGUGGCAGCUGUGCUGAAUCAGAGGAAAGACUGAUGAAAUGGCUCAUGGAAGAAAAGGAAUACAACAAACUGAUCCGCCCCGCUAUCAACCGGGCUGAACGUGUCAGCAUAAGGCUGCAAGUGUCCCUGGCCCAGCUUAUCAGCUUGAAUGAGAGAGAGCAGGUCAUGACCACCAAUGCUUGGCUAACACAGCAUUGGGUUGAUUACAGAUUGAGCUGGGACCCUUCAGCAUAUGAAGGCAUUGAGAAGCUUUAUAUUCCCUCCCGGAACAUAUGGCUUCCUGAUAUUGUGCUGUACAACAAUGCUGAUGGGACAUACGAGGCUGUCUUUACCAAUGUAAUCGUCCUAUUCAACGGUAGCAUCUCCUGGCUUCCACCAGCCAUCUACAAGAGCGCCUGUAAGAUCGAUGUCAAGCACUUCCCCUUUGACCAACAGAACUGCACGCUCAAGUUUCGCUCCUGGACCUAUGACUACACAGAGCUCGACCUGGUCCUUAAGGCUGAGGUGGCCAGCAUGGACGACUUCACUCCCAGUGGGGAGUGGGACAUCCUGGCCCUUCCCGGAAGACGGACGGUCAACCCAUCGGACCCUACCUACGUGGACGUGACGUACGACUUCAUCAUCAAGAGGAAGCCCCUGUUCUACACCAUCAACCUCAUCAUCCCCUGCGUCCUCAUCACCUCCCUGGCUAUCCUGGUCUUCUACCUGCCCUCCGACUGCGGGGAGAAGAUGACCCUCUGCAUUUCCGUGCUGCUGGCCCUCACCGUCUUCCUGCUCCUCAUCUCCAAGAUCGUGCCCCCGACCUCGCUGGACGUCCCGCUGAUCGGCAAGUACCUGAUUUUCACCAUGGUGCUGGUGACCUUCUCCAUCAUCAGCAGUGUAUGCGUGCUCAACAUCCACCACCGCUCCCCCAGCACCCACACCAUGCCGCCCUGGGUCAGGCUGCUGUUCCUGGUGCAGCUCCCGGCUCUGCUCUACAUGAGGCGGCCGCAGGAGGACUCAGGCCAGCGAAGGCCCCGCCGUCAGAGGCAGCCGCAGGGUCCGAGGGCCCUGCCGGGGACGGCCUGCCCGGCUGUUUCCGCGGCCUCUGUCUCGGCCAACCUUUUACGGCCCUCCUCCUCCGCCCCCUACGGCCUCAAUCUGUCUUUGAAAAGAACCAACCAGCGGUCCGCCGGGGGGGCAGCCCCGGAUCUUGGCCUCCAGCCUGGCCCGGGCCUGGGACCUGACCUGCAGGAGGCAGUGGAUGGAGUGUGCUUUGUGGCUGAUCACAUGAUGGGCGAUGAUGACGACCAAAGUGUGAUUGAGGACUGGAAGUUUGUGGCAAUGGUGGUGGACAGGAUGUUUCUGUGGAUCUUUGUGUUUGUGUGUGUGGUUGGUACCCUUGGUCUCUUCCUCCAACCAGUUUUUUAUGGCCCGACAGUUCCUAUCCAGCAGUCUGGCACUGGACCUCCAAUAAGAGAUGGUGUGUGA